AUGGCUACCUUAAACCACACUGCUGUUAGCCACACAGUCUUCCACUUGCUAGGCAUCCCCGGCCUUGAGGAUCGACACAUGUGGAUUUCCAUCCCCUUCUUCAUUUCCUAUGUCAUCGCCCUGCUUGGGAACAGCCUGCUCAUCUUCAUUAUCCUCACCAGAAGUAGCCUCCAUGAACCUAUGUACCUCUUCCUCUGCAUGCUGGCUGGAGCAGAUGUUGUCCUCUCCACAUGCAUAAUACCUCAGGCCUUGGCCAUCUUCUGGUUCCGUGCUGGGGAGAUCUCCCUGGAUCGCUGUAUCACUCAGGUAUUCUUCCUCUCUUCCACUUUCAUGUCUGAGUCCGGGAUCUUGCUGGCGAUGGCAUUUGACCGCUACAUUGCCAUAUGCUACCCACUGAAGUACACCACUAUUCUUACACAUGUGCUGAUUGGGAAAGUUGGUGUGACAAUCUUUCUGAGAAGCUAUGGUACAGUUUUUCCUGUAAUAUUUCUCCUGAAAAGACUGACUUUCUGCAAUAGUAACAUCCUCCCAAACACUACUUGUAAACACAUGCUCUUGGCCAAAAUUUCCUGUAAUGAUAUCAGAGUUAACAUCUGGUAUGGUUUUUUUCUCCUAAUGUCAACCUUGGUCUUAGAUGUUGUGCUAAUUUUUGUUUCAUAUAUGCUUAUUCUCCGUGCUGUCUUCCACAUUUCAUCCCAAGAUGCUCGCCACAAAGCUCUCAAUACUUGUGGCUGUCAUGUUUGUGUCAUCAUUCUCUUUUAUGGGCCUGGGAUCUUCUCUGUUCUUACUCAGCGGUUUGGACACCACAUCGCAGUCCAUACUCAGGUUCUGCUGGCCAAUGUCUAUAGUCUCAUUCCACCUAUGUUAAAUCCCAUCAUUUAUGGGAUUAAGACCAAGCAGAUUCAGGACCUGGUGGUUCAUUUGCUGUUUCCAAAAUAG